CAUCUCACACACAAAAGCAUUUUUCGACGCAUCGCAAAAAGAAAAUGUGCUUGUGCAAUUAAAUAAAGCCGAAAAAACUAAAAAUAAACCCUAAUUAGUGCAUCUAACUGCAUAAAUUCAUUACAUAUGCAAGAAUUCCGGUUUUUGCCAAAAGCGCGCGAAUAGUGAGCUGAUGAAAAACCACCAAAAAAUCCCAACCAACAAAUCCCAGGCAUCACACACAAAAAUCGCCUAAUUUACGAUACAAAACACUUUUCUGGUAAACACCAAAGGAAUUCAAAAAAUGGAAACCCCGGUCGAGGAGCACGGCAUGGACCUCUCCAAGGUCUCCGUAGUGCGUUCCGCAAAGGGCGUGGACAUGCUCUGCGUGGACGACUAUCUGUACCACUUCGAUCGAAUUGGCAAAAACAACACCUACCGCUGGCUGUGCAACCGGCGUAAGGACAAGUCCACCCCCUGCAAGUCGCGCAUCUGCACACUGCUGCCUAAUCCGAUGGACAAGACGCGCCACGUCGUCGUCGACGUCGCCCUGGCGCACAUCCAUCCGCGAUGCAGUGACCAUGAAGUGAACAAGGUGUCCCAACGCAAGCGGCUGGCUGUUAUGAAGAAGAACGAUGCCUACAGUACCACGCAGCCAAAGCGGGCGCGCCAGUACGAGCGAGCCAACGCCGGCAUGAACCCGCCGGAGUUUAUCUUAGGCGGCAUUGACACCUCCGCUUUGGAGUCCUCUUUUCAACUGGACUUUGAGGACAAGGACCGCGUGUAUAUGCUUCGACGACGCGAUGGCCGCGUGAUGGUCUGUAUCGACGGGCACCUUUACUAUUUGGCUGGGAAGUCGUACAAGGGUGACAUCUAUCGAUGGACAUGUGUCCGCAUGCGGGAUAUUGAGUGCACGGCCAAGAUCUGCACGGAGGCAACUCUGGCGGGCGCUCAUCGACUGCACGCCAUCGAGUCCGAUGCCCACAUACAUCCGCACUAUUCGGCCGUCAAGCUGAUGCACAUGUUUGCCAAGCAUCAAAUCGUCCUAGUGGAGGACGAGCAAACCUCGGACGUGCUGGCUGAGUGUCCCAAUCUAGAAUAUUUUGAUCCGGAAAGCACAUUGGACUCUACCCAACGCAAUGAGGAUUGUGAAUCGAUUAUAAUCGAGGAGUGCGAGGACAACUACGAUGUUUACGUGAGCACGGAGGAAGAUCAAAGUGGCGAAAUCCAUGAAGAAGGCGAAAUACAUGAAGGCGAGGUGGACGAGUCUUCAAUUGUUGCGCAAAAGCAUGAACCCAACAGCAAGUGGCCAGCGGCCCAUGAUGUGAUUGCCAACUAUCUGCCGCCGCCAGGCUACAAUCCCCUCACUGAGUCUGACUUGACCAAGUUUACCUUUCUGCCAUCGGCAAAGGGUCGUAAGGUUUUGUGUCUGAAUAAGUAUCUAUUUCACUUUGAUUCCCAGAGCAGGUCGAAUGGCCACAUGUUCUUCACUUGCAUCAAUCGACGUGACAAGACCAACACUUGCCAUGUGCGCGUCACCCUCGAUCCGGUCGAGAACGGACCUGUAGUAAUCCGAAUCAACGGAGAACAUACACACAGGCCAGACAUCAAGGAGGUGGCCCGUCGCCUCAAGCAGCAGGCAAAGCUGGAUCAGGAUAUUUCGCCCGAACUGCAGCACAAGCUGGCCAAGAGUGACAUUGGUGAUGAUGCUGAAUUCGAGAGCGACGAAGGAUCCGCUAGUCAGGGUGGCGAGACCUUUGAGCCAGACCAUAGCGUCGAUGGCAGUUACGAGCAACUCCAGGAGUCGGGAAACAACGUUGUCAUGAAGAAGGUGAUCAGCAUUGAUGGAGCCAUCAAAAUGGAACCAGAUUCCAAGGCCAAAAUGAUUGUGCAGUAUCUCAAAGACGACGCCGACAACAUAAGCGCCAAGAUCGAGAUACUUCCCGACGCACUUCAUGGGCUGGGCACGCAAUCCCGAGGGGCAUUUUCGUCAACGCCAAAGGUACGCCAGCCCGAGAUUACAAACAUUCGACGCAGGCGAGAUGUCGUUGAGCCGACGAAGAGCGCCCAGCCGGACAUGGAUCUCACCAAGAUCUGUACUCUUCGGUCGGCCAAGGGUCACGAGCUGCUCUGCGUUGAUGGUUACAUCUACCAUGCCAAGAAUCGAGGUGUAAUUUCGCGCAACUAUUGGGUGUGCAUAAAGAGUCGAGACCCAGAGAUCAACUGCAAGAGUCGCAUCUCGACGGCCACCCAGAAGGAUGGCUCCAUUCGUGUGCUACGAGUGUACAACAGUCACAGCCAUCCGUUCAGUGAAGAUGAUAUCAAACGACGCUUGUUCAACGAGAUCAAUAAGAAGAACAACAAGAAGUUAAAGUUCAGGCCGCUCCACUUUAUAGGCAAGUCCCUGGAUCAGAUUCAACAGGAGUACGGCGACUUGGCCAUUGAGCGUCUAAAUGUCUCUAACAUCAGCAGUGACAUAGUCGUACACAAGAAGCCACGAGUACCAGGCACUGCCGGAGCCGGUGGGAGUCACAACAGCAGCUUGGCAUCUGCCAAGCAUGACCAGCACGACGAAGAUGAGGAUGUUGUCAUCGAGGAGGAUGAAGACGAGCCGAUUCACGAGCAGGGCGGGGAAAUGCUGCGCAUGGAGGGAGAUCACCAAUACAUGGAGGUGGACAACACAGAUGCCAUUAUUGAAGUCGUCGAGGAGGCGACCGAUGAAAUGGAUGGCUACGGGACCGUUGAACCCAUUUACACCAUGAAACUGUACGCUGUCUCCGAUGGGCCGCCCUCCCUGGCCGUUCGCAUGACCCUUAAGGCCUUGGAAAUCCAAUAUCAGCUAAUCAAUGUGGACUUCUGUGCCUUGGAGCAUCGCACUGACGAAUAUGCCAAGAUGAAUCCGCAAAAGGAAAUUCCAGUGCUGGACGACGAUGGCUUCUUUUUGUCGGAGAGCAUUGCCAUUAUGCAAUAUCUGUGCGAUAAGUAUGCGCCGGACUCGUCUCUAUAUCCGCAGGAUGCCAACUUAAGGGCGGUAAUCAACCAGCGAUUGUGCUUCAACAUGGGAUUCUACUACGCCCCCAUUUCGUCCCACAGCAUGGCACCUAUCUUUUUCGACUACGAACGCACGCCAAUGACGCUGAGGAAAGUCCAGAAUGCACUUGAGGUCUUUGAGACCUAUUUGCAGCGAUUGGGAACCAAAUACGCGGCUGGCGAUAAUGUUACAAUCGCAGAUUUUGCACUUGUCUCGGCCACACUAUGCUUGGAGGCCAUUCAUUUCGACCUGACUCAGUAUCCGUUGGUAGCGCGUUGGUACGCCACCUUCAAGGAGGAAUUCCCGCAGCUAUGGGAGAUUGCAAACAGUGGCAUGCAGGAGAUCAGUGCGUUUGAAGAGAAUCCCCCAGAUUUGUCAGAAAUGGAACAUCCAUUCCAUCCGACGCGCAAGGCUAAAGCCUAAACCAAGCAUAGGUAAUCUAAGGGCCUAUUUGGCAAGGAAGUGUAAUAUGUUUUUCUUAUAUUCAAAUAUUGCAAAAUAUUGAAUAUAUAUAUAUAUAUAUAUAUCUUUUAUAUAAAUAACAUUCUGUUCUGCGCAUUAACAAAUGUGACUAAAACUUAAUCGAACUAAUUUUGUAUUUUUACUGAUUUUCCCCGCUAAACCGAGAUAUUGAUUUAAAACCUUGUAAUACAUAAGAUUGCUUAUCCCUUAUUAAAGAUGAUAUCUUUAAAAGAA